CUACGUUAGAUACUUUUUACAAACAUACUGUGCUGGUUGAUCUCGCUUCAGUUUUUUGUUAUAAACGUGCCGUGCGCUUAUAUAUAUAUAUAUUUCUCGCGCGUUGGCCAACAACAGCGGGCUUAUAGAAUGCUGUUACUUUCAGCACUUAUGCAUCGAUAUAGAGAAGAAGAAAUGCAUUGCGCAGCCAGCAACAACAAACACAUAAGAACGCAUAUUACGAUGCUUGGCUUUUUAGACACACACCCCAGCCAGGGGUCGUUAAACACAAGCCCCUUAGUGGUGCUUACUCGUAUAUGCUGAAUACACUCAUUUUCAUCGUCAUCGACAUCGUUUGUUGUAUCCAUCGACAAAUCAACAUCAUCUGGCUUCGUACGGUCUACGAUUGUCGCCCAAUACACCGGGCCAUCAGCAAACCGAUCUAACGGGCCAACAACAGCAAUUACAUCAGCAGCAACAACAACAACAGCCACAUGAUGAUCCCCAAAGUCAUCAGCAAAUGGACAGUAGCGGCCUUAUGUCUACGGAUAUGUCUACGCCUUCGGCGGCCUAUCAAAAUAGCGGUUACACUCCUUUCAAUCCUCAACUAAGUUCUUACUCAUCGCGUGAUUUUCUUUUGGGACGUCGGGCAGAUCAGGAUUAUAUAACGGCGACGGGUGGCAGUGGUCAAACUGUUGGCCAAACAGCUGCCGAUUCAAUGCUGUUUCCUACGUUUCCUGCCUCCCACGCUAACCAUCCCGAUCUGACUUCGUCCUUCGGCAAUCAUCCCUUUCAUACUCAUCCUCAUCAUGCCGCCCAUCAUCAUCAUCAUCAUUCGCAUCAAAUGCGCAUGGGCAUGGCCGACUAUGCACCGCAUCAUCCCUAUGCUCAUGCGCAACAUCAUACUAACUUUCCGUCGGUACAUGCUCAUCAUCAGCACAUGAGUAUGCAUCCUGCCGGAGCUGGGGCAUUUUUACGUUACAUGCGCCAUCAGCCGCCCACCGCCGCCACAACAAUUAAACAAGAAAUGCAGUGUCAAUGGAUUGAUCCCGAUCAACCGGGCGGACCAAAUUCUCGUAAAAUUUGUAAUAAAAUCUUUCAUACGAUGCAUGAGAUUGUCACCCAUUUAACGGUCGAGCAUGUCGGCGGUCCCGAAUGCACAACCCACGUAUGCUAUUGGAUUGGCUGUUCGCGUAAUGGCCGACCGUUCAAAGCUAAAUAUAAACUUGUCAAUCAUAUACGUGUGCAUACUGGCGAGAAACCGUUCGCUUGUCCUCAUCCUGGUUGCGGUAAAGUUUUCGCACGCAGUGAAAAUUUAAAAAUACACAAACGUACACACACCGGUGAAAAACCGUUUAAAUGUGAAUUUAAGGAUUGUGAGCGUCGUUUUGCUAAUUCAUCGGAUCGUAAGAAACAUUCGCAUGUUCAUACCUCGGAUAAACCCUACAAUUGUCGUCAUAUUGGCUGUGAUAAAUCAUACACGCAUCCCUCAUCGUUGCGCAAACAUAUGAAGGUGCACGGUAAUGUGGAUGAAAAAUCGCCAUCUCAUGGUUAUGAGAGUGAGGGCGAGGAUUCCUCGUCUUCUAGUAUUGUAACGGGUGGUGCUCAAACUCCACCGUCGGCUCGAUUAACAAAUGACGGCUUGUCAUCGGCCAAUGGAAAUUUAAAUAAAUCAUCACCUCUUUCUAUUAAAUCGGAACCGGGAACUUCCAGUUUGCAUAGUGUACAUAUGGGAGCCUCGUCGAGCGGUAGUGGAGGCAGUAAUAACGGACCUGCUUUACAGCAUAAUCAUCAACAUCAGAGCAACAGUAACGGUUCGCAAACGGCACUUGGCAAUAAUAACAAUGGUCUUCUAGAUCAUGGUAGUGCUGCAGUAAGUGGAAGCGGUGGCGGACUGGUGGGAGUGCAAAAUUCAACUAAAACACCCGCUUUGCAAUUAAUGGCAACUGCUUCCGGCCCUUACUUACCACCACCUUUAGGACCACCACCGUCGCUGGCGCCCGCACCCGGAACCCAUCAUCAUCCUCAUCAUCAUCACCAUCAUCAUCAGCAUGGCAUGAGUCCCGCUACCGCUACGCCGACAGGCAGUAAUAAUACAACUGCUGCCACUAUGCAGGUUACUGGUCAUCAUCAUUCCAAUUAUCAUUUGCUUUAUCAUCAUCAACAUCAUGCUCCGAGCGAUUGGUAUCAUACGGCUGCUCCCGCCUCCAGUACGGAUGCCAUAAAUCCUUUAAAUCAUCAUUUCGGGCAUCAUCUGAUGCAUCCAGGGACAGCUUAUUGAAUGUAUUUAGAUAAUUGAAUUUUGUUAGAAUAUGCCAUCGACUAAACAUAGAAGUUCUGUUCAAUAUUUGUUUUCAAAUAGUAAAAAUUUUUAAAAAUUUUCGUUAAAAUUAAAAAUUGCAAAAAACAUAAAAAAAAAAAAAACAUAAAUAGGAAAAAAGCCAUAAAAAUGCAACUGUUUGCUUAAAUAUUUUGACAGCUUGUAUACUUUUAAGUGCGUAAGUAUGUGAGAGAUGAAUUUUCUUGUUCUUCUCAAUUGCUUUCUAGUUUGCUUUUUAUUUUGGUGGAAAUUAAUUGAUCUUUUUCUGUUUCCACGCCCCUCUCCUCCUUGCAUCGUGAAACCAAAUAUUUUCGCUUCUUUUAAUUGUACCCUACAC